UCCACUUGGCAAACAUCAACUAAAACUUAUUUUUAGUGCAAGAAGACGGGAGCGAUGCGGGUCACUGCGCCGCCGUACGUUGAACCCGGAGAGUAACAUUUGCAGACGACAGCGCAGCCCGGGCUAAUUUUUCGUUUUCUAAACCGACUGAUAGACAGACAGGGCAACAGUGACACGAUAUUUUACAAGUAUUUAAUUGUAGCGGCUUGGAUGUUUACUCACAGAGCAGACAUAUUAUACAGAGGGCAGACUGACCUCAGUGUUGUCGAAACAAGAUGAUAAAAAACUGGAGUGUCAUUGGUGGUAUUGCUGCGGCGAUUGCAGCUGGAGUCUACGUCUUGUGGGGCCCAAUUACAGAGAGGAAGAAGAGGAAGAGAGGUAUGGUUCCAGGUCUGUUAAACUUGGGCAACACCUGCUUCCUGAACUCUCUGCUUCAAGGCUUGGCAGCGUGUCCGUCCUUCAUCAGGUGGCUGGAGAAGUUUUCAAGAUUGCCUUCAAUCCAAUCAUGCAAAGACAACCAACUGUCCACAACACUUCUCCAGCUUCUCAAAGCUCUGUCCAGUGAGGAGCCGGGAGAGGAAGAUGUACUUGAUGCCGGAUGCCUCUUGGAUGUUCUCAGACUGUAUCGGUGGCACAUCAGCUCAUUUGAAGAGCAGGAUGCACAUGAACUUUUCCAUGUUCUUACCUCUUCACUGGAGGAGGAGCGCGACCGCCAACCUAAAGUCGCUAAUUUAUUUGACAUGCAGUCCCUCGAGAGUAUCCCUGAUCAAGAUGAGAAAACUAUGACCUGCAGAAGUCGAGCACCUCUUCAUCCAAUACCAAGUCCGUGGAAGUUUCAUCAUCCUUUUCAUGGUCGUCUAACGAGCAACAUGUCGUGCAAGCGCUGCGAGCUACAAAGUCCAGUGCGCUAUGACUCAUUUGAGAGCCUGUCUCUGUCCAUCCCUCUACCUCAGUGGGGACGACCUAUGUCUCUUGAUCAGUGUCUUCAGCAUUUCAUCUCCUCAGAAACCAUCAAAGAAGUCGAGUGUGAAAACUGCACCAAGCUUCAACAGGGGACCAUAUUAAACGGGCAAGUACUAGAAAACCAGAGGACGACAUUUGUUAAACAGCUAAAACUGGGAAAGCUCCCCCAGUGCCUUUGCAUCCAUUUACAAAGACUGACGUGGUCGAGUGAAGGAACCCCCAUCAAACGCCAGGAGCACGUUCAGUUCUCUGAGUAUUUAUCAAUGGACCGUUACAAACACAACACUUCCGCACAGAGGAGCCAGCGGAUCAGAUGUGCUCCAAAAGCAUUAACGGCAGAAAAUCUAGAUGAUUCCAGAGAAAAGCCCACUGCCAAUGGCACUGAUGCAGAGCAUCAUAACAACAACAAACCUUUUUCCAACGGGACCUGUUCGUCUGUGUUCCUUCAGUCUCAGACUGUGACCCCAGAGCUCAGCUUCACAUAUGACUACAGUUCCACAGAGUACCUUUUCCAGCUCACAGCUGUGCUGGUCCACCACGGUGACAUGCACUCAGGACAUUUCAUCACGUACCGCCGCAGCCCUUCCUCACCUCGCAGCCCUUCUCCCUUCAGCUCACAGUGGCUUUGGGUGUCAGACGACUCGGUGCGCAAAGCCAGCCUGCACGAGGUGCUGUCUUCCAACGCUUACAUGCUCUUCUACGAGAGAGUUCGAAGGCUCAGUCUCACCCUGCACUCAGAGGAGUGACCAGAAACUCAUAACCUUGGAGCCUGAAGGACUUCCAGUCAGUGCUGUCACGCUGGAUGUGACAAUGAGACCAGAGAGGAGCACCUUCCUAGAUUUCUUACUAACGUUGAAUGUUGAGGGACGUUGUAUGAUGUGCUGUGGACUCACUGGAGGACGCUGUCAAUCCCAAAGAUAAUGGACCUGCGAGAUUUUAGACAAACGUCUGGUCACGUAAACCAGUUUUCUUUGGCUCAUGUAGCAAUUUCUGCUACUACGGGACAAAGAAACCGGAACGCAUUAUGGUAAACACCAAAGUAAAAGCCCUGAAAUACGUUUGCUCAUGUGUGACGCUCACGAUGAUAAUUCUGUUGAGACCGUCACAGUUGGCGGUAUAUGAUUAUGAUGCUGUAUUUAUUGAUGUUAAAUUUAAAUGCUAAUACUUUA